AUGAUGAAAUUUUGCAAAAUACAAAAUUUAGAKUUUUCUUUCUUACUUUGUUUCGUUCAUUUCAAGGUUCAUCUCGAUUAUGCGACAGGUGUUCCUGAUYAUUGUGUUGUUUUUGCGUUGAGURAUUCAAGCGAUAAAGAUUUCAACAAAGUCUGCGAUCACAAGCACCAAUACUCAUGUGAGCAAUGCCAAGCMCUUGCCAUUACCUUAGAAGAUAUCAAGGCAAAGCUCAAAGAUUGUACCUUUCCAUCAARAGAUGACGAGGAUGAAGCUCUCUAUACUAUCCAAUCCUCCACGCUUGCCAUCCAGUCYUGRAAGUGCCACAUACUUCGUUCUCUAAAUCAAGACCAAGCGAGAUAUGAUUCUCUGGAACUUCUUGACAAUGAGACUGUGUUAAUUGUCAAUGACUGGGCAAUGAAGUUCCUUCCACAAAAAUAUAGAGAAUCACAGACGGACUKGUUUGGUAAGCRUGGCAUCUCAUGGCACAUKUCAGUAGUCUAUCGCAAAUCGAAUGGAGUCUUACAGUGGCAGGGUUACUUGCACAUUAUUCAGUCUAGCAGUCAAGAUAGCCAUGAUGUCGUAUGUAUUAUGGAAGAUGUUCUUACCGCCCUAAAGCAACAGUAUCCUGACAUUAAAGAGGCACACUUCCGGCAGGACAACGCAGGGUGCUAUCACUCGGCCGAAACAGUCUUAGCUUGCCCUAUCAUAUCUGAGUCUACUGGAAUUCAGAUAAAGAGGAUCGACUUCUCUGACCCACAGGGAGGUAAGGGGGCAGCCGAUAGACUUGCAGCAACUUGUAAGGCUCAUGUCCGCUCAUUURUUAACGAAGGUCACGAUGUUUCAAAUGCAAGUCAGCUUAAAGAUGCCAUACUGUCAUGUGGAGGGAUCAACGGUGUUCGGGUAACCUGUCUUCAAGCCAUCGAUCAAAGUUCAGGAGAAAGUUGUGCUAAAAUUCCCAACAUCAGCAAACUGAACAACUUUGAAUUUAACGSUACAACUAUCAAGGCAUGGCGAGCGUAUGGAAUAGGAGAAGGCAAAAAUAUUGCAAUUGACAAGCAAAAUGCUGGACAUUACAAGUGGCUCCAUUCGACAUUUUCUCCUGGUGAUUUUAAACCUUUCAGUAGCAGUGCAAGCAAGACGAAAACGCAAAAAGASAGUGAACAACCUGUUCUACCUGCCGAUGCACCUGUUGGUAUAGAUUCCGUCGAUGCUUCAAGUCAGCAUGUCUUCACCUGUCCUCAGCAGGGAUGUACAAAGGCUUUCCAACGGUAUUCCUCACUAGAGAAGCAUUUGACUGCAGAGAAGCAGAGUGCCUUAUGGGUACAGCACAUAAGAGAUGGUAGAGGUGCAUCAUCAUGA